AUAAUGGAGAGUCAGUCGAGCCUACCAUACCAGAUACUGCUGUACUUAAAUGGGUGGUACAUAGCAGCUUUUUUGAUUCUGGAAUUGUUAUUACUGAUAUUUAAGACCUUAGUCUUGCCUUAUCCUGCUGGAAAUGUUGUUGCGGAAGUGUUCCUUCUAUUGUUCCUCUGUGGAACGGAAUCUGUACGUAUUUUUAUGGGGAAGAAGGGCAACCUGACAGAAAGAAUCAUAUCAGUACUACUGUCUGUAAUCUUUAGUGCUCCUUCUGUGCUCGCCUUGUUGUAUCUGCUUUUGUGGCAAACAUAUGUGUUACGCCUGGAGGUGAUCCUUAUAUCUGUUGCACUUGUGUUUCAGGGAUUCGAACUUGUGUUUGCAUUCUUGGCAAUUGUCACUAUUAACAAAUCCGGUGGAUAUUAGUGCUGAGUGUAAACUAGUUUCAACUUGGACAAGAUGCCACUUUUUAUAUGUGGAAGAUAUUUUCUUUUAUAUGUCUUGCUAGCAUUUAGAUUUGAAGAGAAGUAAGUUUGUGAAGCAUGUAUCAGUGAUGUUGUGGUAAGUUGGUCCUGCCUUAUCCUGCUGGAAAUGUAGCAGAAGUGUUUCUAUUCCUGUCCUCGGGGGCACAGAAUCUGUACGUAUUUUCAUGAGGAAGACGAGUAACCUAACAGACAGAAUUAUAUCAGUACUACUGCCCAUAAUAUUUAGUGCACCUUUCGUGCUAGCCUUGUUGUAUCUGCUUUUGUGGCAAACGUACAUGUUAUGCCUGGAGGUGAUCCUUAGAGCUGUUGCACUUGUUUCAGGGAUUUGACCUUAUCUUUGCAUUUUUGGCAUUUGUCAUUAUCAACAAGCCAGGUGCAUAUUAGUGCUGUGUGUUAAUUAAUUUGGGCAGCAUGAACCGGUGUUUUUGUGGUAAGAUAGAUCUCAUUUUUAAGUGAACUUAAAUGUGUUCAUGAGAAAAAUGGAUAGUUAUGGCAUGUCUUUUGUAAUUAUGCAAUUUUUUAAUAAUACGUAUUAAGUCUUGUAAGGAUACAAACCUGUGUAUGCAUUUUUGGCAGUUAUCACUAUUUUAAUAACAUGGUGGAUAUUUAAAUCUUAUGUAAACUUGUUUCAGCAGGAAUAAUAUGCCAAUUUUUGUGUGUGGAAGAUAUUUCCUUUUAUAUGUCUUGCUAGCAUUUUGAUUUGAAGAGAUGUAAGCGUGUGAGGUGUGUAUUAGUGAUACUGUACUAAGGUGGAUCUCGUAAAUGUGUUCAAAAGAAACGCAUGGUUAUAGCAUUUCUUUUGUAAUAAUGCAAAUUUUUCAAUAAAAUAUACAUAUGA